CUGCACGGAGGAGAAGGAAGUAGGGGAGGGGUUGCUUGCUGUCUUCCUGGAUCGCCCAUAUUUGUAGCUUUAACUAACAAAAGCAGACCUUUCCUCAACUAAACGUCCUCCAAAGUGAUUUCCACCGAACUAAAUGAGAAAAGACGAUGACGGGGGCGGCGGCGACACUCUGUGUCGUCUUGCUGCUGGUAUUACUUGAUUUGACUCUCGGGGAUGAACACUCUCUGUGUUACCUCUACACUGUCCAGUCUAAAAGCUCUUCAGACAGAGUCUCUGAGUUCGUUGCAGUGACUCUGCUGGAUGACAGACAGAUUGACUCCUACAGCAGUACAGACGGGGUCAGGACUCCUAAACAGGACUGGAUGAAGGAGAUGAAGGAGAGUGAGUGGACAGCAGGCGCUGAUAAACUGAAGCACGAUGGACAACAGUUAAACAAGAUCCUCGACAUGAAGGCCUUCAGACACAAUGAGUCAGAUGGUCACACUCUGCAGUGGAGAGUCGGCUGUGAGGUUGAAAAGCACUCUGGUGGUUCGCUGUCAGUGUUAAACUGCACUAAUAAAUACGGCUACGAUGGACAGAACUUAAUCUCUUAUAACUGGACCUCGAGGAGAUGGUCAGCCUCAGUCAGUCAGGCUAAAGUGUUGGAGGAGGAGUGGAACGCUGGGCGUGUUGAUCAGAGAUGUGAGGAGUGUGUGCACUGGAUGAAGAAGUAUUUAAAGUACAGCACUACUGAAAUCAAACAGACUCCACCAGACGUUCAUGUGUUUGCAAAGAAAUCUACAACUAACUCAGGAAUGCUGACCCUGACCUGCCUGGCCACGGGCUUCUACCCCAAAGACGUGAAGCUGGAUGUAAGGAAGUUCCGCACUUCACUUCCUGAACAUCUACUAAGAUCCUCAGGAGUCAGACCCAAUGAAGAUGGAACCUACCAGCUGAGGAAGAGUGUGGAGAUCCAGGGGGACGAAACAGCAGAAUAUGACUGUUAUGUGAAUCACAUCACCCUCGAAGAACCGAUAAUUAAACAAUGGGUACCAAGUUCAGGUUCAGGAAUGGUUGGAGCAGUGAUUGGCGGAGUGGUGGUGCUUCUGCUGAUUCUCGGUGGGAUCAUCUUCGCCCUUAUAAAGAAGGGGAUAAUUGUCAUUCCAGGUGCUGUAAAUGCUGCGCCUGCCCUGCAAGCCCCGCCAAAUGGUGUGAUUGUUCCUGAAGAACCCUUGACAGCUGACCGUAAAGCUGGUGGUUCUGACUCCGGUUCAGACUCCGGACAGGGAACUGGCUCAACCAAUAGCAGCAAUGAAAACAUUGUGGAUGGAUUAUCUGAUUCUGGUGGGGCCAGCAAUGGUGGGUCAGGAAUACCCAAUGGUCACUCUGAUCAAACAGAGGAGCAGACACUGCUGACUGCUUCACCUUAAACUCAGCAGGACAAAUUAUCGAAACUCCAGAACAGAGGAAGUGAAUUACACUGGAACUCCAGAUCAUUCAGGAUUCCACACCAGACUUUCUUACAGCACAGACUCUUUUCCUUUCUUUUAUUAAGUCAGUACUUUUACAUCACUGUUACGUUAAAGCUGCACUAUGUAAGAUUUGGGUAUUUGGAGACCUCUCUGAUGGAAACGUGUAACUGCACACAACAUGUAAUUUUGUAACAUGGGUCUGCGCGGGACUGUUUUUUCAGUUUCGCUCCCACAAGAUUUCAUCCUGCUCCCAUAGAAAAUCGUAAUCGUUUGUACCGUUCAAGCCCACAACUGAAAUGUGUUUUCCUGCUUCCGCCCAAACAGUUCCAUCAAGGCAAAGUGACAUUCAAUAUCUGACACAGUUUAUUCAGAAAUACAUUCCUCUCUGGUGAAAUAACACGGCAGUCAUGGUCAUCAGGCUCACUGUGAGUAACUUCACCAAACGCCGUUUAUUCACCAUUUAAACACAAAGUAGGAAUUAAACCACAGAGCGGCUAUUUUUGGUGUUUUGCGGGGCAGCUGUGGCCUUCGUAUCAUUUAGGGGUGGUUCUGCUUUAUUCAGGCUGUUCAUUAGUUUGUGGCGCUUCUCUUCAUGCGUGCUUCAUCCCGCUCCCGCCUGCAGUGGGCUGGUUUCCCUCCCGCUUCCACUCACAACACUGAACAUUAAACCCAGAAGGCAUUGUGGCGGGUCCAGCGGGAAUCCGCAGGAUUGCAGACCCCUACUUCAAACCCCUUCCCUGAGGAGAUGAGUCUGAUGACUGAGAGUAAGACGCGUCUUCUGAGGAUGUGAAUCAAUAAUUUACUGUUGUCAUCAUAUCUUCAUCAGUAUAAUGUUGAUUUUGAGAUCAUUUGAGGCGUAAACAUCGAGGCGGACCUUCUUUUUGAGUAUGUGUGGCGUUAAAUGAAGUUAAAAUGUAAAGAUGUACAAUGUGGUGUGAAAAACUCUCGACAGGGCGACUCAGAGUGGCGCACACUCACUGUAUUUUAGCCUAAUUUUGUUCUCCUCACUCUGUAAUGAUACUUAUUUCAGUUUCAACAAAAACAACCUACAUAGUGCAGCUUUAACAGAAAUCCUCCAUAAUAGAAACUACAUUCCAGUACUCUUAAUGAUAAACAGCAAAAAACUAAGCAAAAACUCAACAAAGAUGGAAACAUUUUGAUUUAUGAAUAGAAAAGGAUUAAUACAUCGUUAUAAUGAAAGAUUAUUCAUUUUAAUAAGUUUAUAAUAAUGCAUUUAUUAAGGCAGAUGGUUAUGUCUAUUUUCUACUGCUAAGUUUUUAGCAUAAGUUCACCAAGCCAAAGAUUUAUACACAGAACAUUAUUGCUUCCAUUUAAGCUUUUUAUGAAUCCCUUAUCAGCACUGUCUGAGCAAAACAUGUCAAUUUUAAAAGCUCAUAUUCAUGGGCGGUUAUGCAGACUUCCUUUCUGAUAUAUUUGUGCUUUUAAUUGAUUUAUUUAGCAUCUGUUUUAAUCAUGAGCUGAUUGUAUUCAGAGUACUGCUUUAGUGUUAAACUACUUGUUAUGCAAUGUCACACGUGCACCAGCUUCAAUUAAAAAAUGCACUUAAGCAUAAGACAGUUUAAACUUAAGACUGUAAAGGGCUUGUAAUGUAACUGUACUCAGGAAUGUUAAAUGGUCUGUGUUCAGUAUGGACUCUUUACAGAGACACUGUGUCUGUAUAGUAACAGUCUUGUGUUUAACACCACUGUACAGUGCAGGAAGCUGUUAGCUAGAACUGUUAAAUCAGCAGAUUA